CUCUUAGAGGCUGGUUCACGGGUUGAAGGUCCUUUCACUCCGACAUCUUGACGGUGGGACAUCAUGGUAAGGGCAUAGCGUGAUUUUUCAUUAAAUUCGAUGGCGAACAAAACAUUUUACUCGGAAAAUGACAGUCUGGAUAGAACCGGAUGCGUAGUUGGAAAAUAUUAUUCGUCCGCAGCGUCCUGACCGUGGUUAUGGAUGGAAUAACUCCAUUUGAUAUUCCAGUUGGCCAUGCUUCCUAGUUAACGUUACAUGCGGCUGGCAGUACUGAUGGUGCACUGCAUGAUCAGCCGACCAUAAGAUCAUGUUGCCUAUCGUGGCCCCUUUUGUAGAGAUCUCAGUCCGACAUUUCCCACACAAAUGUAUCAAUUGAUCAGAUUAUGCAAACUGCACGCCAGUUCUCUGCAGACCACUGUUGGCCUAACUGAAGCCGGUUGUUGACUAACAAGUUAGCUUUCAACAUGUAGCUAGGCCCUAGUUAGUUAGCUUAGGCUUAUCUAACGUUUUGAAUUUGUCACACUAAAAUGUUCAAGGUUAACAUCAUAUUUGGUUAAAUUCCAAUUGAGGGACUCGUGGCUACCUGAAUUCGCUAACCAACGUGUUACUCUUAUCUAAUGUUAAGAAGUUAGUGCACUUAAACAUUUCCAGCUAACGUUAGCUAGUUUUGGUAAAAGUGUGUUGGUUAAUUCAGCAUUAGUUGGAUAAUGGUACUGCGAUCUGUAUUAUUCCAGCCUCCUAAGGACGCCAAAGGGAAGGGGAAGGAUUCCGGGAAGUCCAAAAAGGACAAGGAUCCAGCCAACAAAUCUGGAGGCAAAGCCAAAAAGAAGGUAUGUCCUCGUAUCCUGAUCUUUUUGGGGGCGUUUAGAUAUUACUUUGUGGUCAUACUGGUUAAACUGUCAGGAGUGUGAGCAACAUCAACAACCUCUCCAUUUCCCCUGAGCAGAAGUGGUCCAAGGGAAAGGUGAGAGAUAAGCUCAACAACCUGGUCCUCUUCGACAAGGCCACCUACGAAAAAUUGAACAAGGAAGUGCCCAACUACAAGCUCAUCACACCAGCAGUUGUGUCUGAGAGGCUAAAGAUCAGAGGCUCUCUGGCCAGGGCUGCCCUCCAGGAACUGCUCAGCAAAGGUAAACUCUGAACCCUACUCUGAUUCUCAAGCAGUGUUCACUCGUAGUGAAAGUGCGUAUAGUACAUGUUUGUCAGAAUAGGCAGGCACCCUUUUGUAUGGAUUCCUUUCUGGUUCACUGCGCUGUCAUGUCUAUCUACAAUAUUAUCUGGUUCAAUUUUGAGCUUUGCUACAGUGAACCCGAAGUUUGAGUCUACAAGGCACGGACUCUCAUGGGUCUGCCGCAGAGCCAACUGGUAGAUACUUUUACAAAGCUGUUAAGCCAGCAUUUCAACAACUCUUACUACAAAGUGAACAUGUUUUCUAAUGUACAUCAGUUCUGUUCUCUUUAAAACAUCACUUCUAACCCCAGUCGGCAGAAGUCCUCCUUCAGGGGAAGAAGAUACAAGCAUUUCGCUUCACCCACAAUAACAUCUGCUAAAUAUGUGACCAAUAAAAUUUGAUUUUGAAGAUACUGUCGUUUUGGUAAACAUUGGCACUGAUCAGUGACUACCAAGACUGGCACUGCAACUUGAUGUCUGCUCUUUCAGCAUCAUGUCUUGUGGAUAUUGUCUUAACUUGUCAGGGCAGUGAGUGGGUCAGUUGGUAAUGUGGAACCAUAGAAUUUCAAUAUCUGUACAAAAUAACUGACACGUUCCAUUCUGCCACCCCUCUAGGCAUGAUCAAGUUGGUGUCGAAACACAGAUCGCAGGUGAUCUACACACGUAACACCAAGGGUCCUGAGGAGGAGGGUGGCGUUGUGGUUCCGGACAAGCCUGAGAAGCCAGAGAAGCCUGAGAAGGCAGCAAAGGCAGCAAAGGCAGAGAAGGAAGAGAAAGCAUAAACCGGUAUGUGUUAUGCUAGUAGGCCUGAUGGAACUAGCCUACGUUCUAUUAAAAAGAACUGAAGAUUCCUCACUGCAAUUCACUGUUGCUGAUAUUACCUGAUGUUAACAGGCCAGGUUGGAGGACUACUGCUAUGAAUCACAUCUAAAACCAUCUUGUCUUCUUCAGGUUGUGAUUCCUGCAUUCAGAUGUGUGAUGUAAGGUGAAUAAAAUUCUGAAAAGAUACAUUUGCCGUUAAUUUUUUUAUUUCCCUUGUAGUAUUAUCUUACUCUCACUGAUGUCUGUGUACUCAUAAUUUUGAAGAGACUUUAUAGCUCCAGAUGUAGGGCAGAGAUUCAUUCAUAUUGUUUC